AUGAAUCCUAUCGUUGGUCUUACUUCUUUCUUAUUUUGUUUUGUAGCAUUGUGUGAAGCAUCGGGAGCAGAUAUAGCCCUUGAUGCAAAAGCUACUCUUUUACACCGUAUAGAUAGCUUAAACCUUUUAAUUUAUACUUGCCUAUUAACAUUAACUGUUUUAACUAUAUGGGUAUUUAAACAUCGUCGUGUGAGCUGGCUCCACGAAACUGGUCUAGCAGUUAUAUAUGGACUUAUAGUAGGAGCAAUCAUUAGAUAUGCUGGAAGUACUAACCAGGUUACACAUAUUGAUGCACGUCCAGAUCCUGAUACCAAGUACAAUUUAUCGGUACCACCAGACAUCUUGCGUUUCCACUUCCCUGACAAAAUACAAAUAUCAACUGGAGAUAUACCUGUACCAAAUAAAACAUAUGCAUACAGUUUCCGAGGUGAAAUAGUUAACUUGGAACAAAAUGAAAUCGAUCUCAAGGCUACAUUUGAUCCAGAAAUCUUUUUCAAUAUUAUUCUACCUCCCAUUAUAUUCCAUGCUGGAUACUGUCUUAAGAGAAAAUAUUUCUUCCGCAAUUUAGGUGCAAUAUUAACAUUUGCCAUGGUAGGCACAGCUCUCUCAGCUCUAGUCAUUGGUUCUCUAAUGUAUGGAUGUGUACAAUUGAUGCCUAAAUCUUUAGCAGCAAGUUUCACUUUCUUGGACACUUUAUAUUUUGGCGCUCUGAUAUCUCCUACAGAUCCAUUGACAGUUCUUGCUAUUUUCUCACAACUGAAGGUGGAUGUAAAUUUGUAUGCAAUGAUAUUUGGUGAGAGUGUCCUCAAUGACGCAGUGGCGCUUGUACUGAGCGGUGCCAUUCAAAACUAUGAGAAGAGGUACUCAAAUGACGGUGGAUUUGAAAUUACCGCAUUUCUAGCGGCUAUCGGAGAUUUCAUUGGGAUAUUCAGUCUGUCUCUACUCAUCGGCGCCUUCAUGGGAUGCUUGACUGCAUUGAUAUCCUUUUUAUUAAUAAAU